AAUGUUCUACUCACACAAAAUUAAUCAAAAUUUGCCAUACCUAUAUGUACAAAGUAUAUUUUAUCCCCCAUUCACCGAUUGAAUCGGACGACCAAGUUGGUAACUUUUGCGUGUUUAAAAUGUUUUGGACAUACCUUUUUCUUCUGUUUUUCUGAUGUCCACAUUUGUCAAUUGACUGACUGGUUCGCCAAUUCCUAGCAAUUUCCUUGUGUGUCAUUUCCUCUUAAUAAUAAGCCAACUCCUCUCCCGAUCGGUGUUGAUCCAGCUGGAAAAAUGGAAGUCGUCGGUAGAACUUCGUCUUCUUAGGUGGCAUCCUGGAGCCCAAGCAACAUGGUUGAUGUUGAAGCAAGGACAACAUUAGGCGCAUCUGGUACAAUUGUUCAUAUCUGCACUUGAAUUUGGCAGUAGCUUGUGCGUGUUUUGGCAAUAGGUACAGUCACUUGCACAUUUGUAAAGGAAUAUAAUCUAAUUCUGGCCCUCUACCGCAGGAUCUUGGGAAAGGACUCGAGACAAAUUUAAUCUUUGGCAUCCUGGAGCCCAAGCAACAUGGUUGAUGUUGAAGCAAGGACAACAUUCAGCGCAUCUGGUACAAUUGUUCAUAUCUGCACUUGAAUUUGGCAGUCGCUAGUGCGUGUUUUGGCAAUAGGUACAGUCACUUGCACAUUUGUAAAGGAAUAUCAUCGAAUUCUGGCCCGCUACAGCAGGAAUGGAUGUUAAGAGAAUCGUUGGAUUCGGAAAAGAAGUGGCGGCUGACGCAGCCUUAUCCGUCUGUAUUUGUAUGGAAGUGUUGGCACAUAUAGUGCCUGACUUCACUAAAGUGCUUUGUCCAACUCGUCAGAGUCGACAUGACAAACCCCUUAAAAAGACAUUAGAAGUAAAAAGAGAACAUUUGCUGAAUGUGAUAGAUUCCGUAAGCAAAGAGAUAAACAAAGCACUUUUGCAAGGGAAAAUGCCACCAAGAAAAUUGCACAAUUGGGUUGAGGAGGCAAAGGAUAUUGAAUUUCAACUGAAUGGCAUACAAUCUGAACACAACACCAAGAGUUCUUCCCUUAAAGUUGAGCAGCUGACGAAUAUGCAAGGCAAAGUUAUUGAUCACUUGAAGAAAUCCCCAUUUAAGCAUGGACUGGUCUACGAAGGACCACUAAGUGCUCCGGUGAUAGAAAUUAGGCAUUCCACUAAAUAUCGAGUACAGAUAUUGCCCGAUCGACAAAAGAAUGGUGAAGAGAGUAGGAAAGGUGCACGCACAACAAAAAAACAACGCAGUGAAAAAUCCGAGAUCAUAGACACUUCAUUUAUUGAAGACGAAAAAUCUGAGAUCAUAAAUGCUUCAUGUAGUGAUGACUCGACGUCAGUACUCAAAGAUAAUGUGAAAUCCAAAUCAGAUACAGAAGUUGAUUUGUGGAACUCUUCAUUUUCAUAUCCAACAUUUGAACAUCCACCUGUUGCAGUAGUCAAAGAAAUGAAAUCUGAAAUAGAAAUUAAAGAAUCUGGGGUGCAACAUCUACAGAGAAAUGAAGGAAAGAGAAUUGAUGCUGCUGGUUACAAAGAGACGGAACCUUGUCCAUCAGUUCAAAAUGAAGCCGAACCGGAGGCAAUACCAUUUCCUGUAACAGAAUCUGGUUCAUUGCCAGAUCCAACAUCUGCAAUGACAACUGAAACUGAAGCGGAGAUUUUACCUGUUAAAAAAAUGGGUUUUGAGAAUUAUGCAUCUGAAGGAAAAACUGAAGGGUUGCAAUCCAUUCAUGAAGUAGAAGAAGUUGAGAUUAGUCCUUCCGAAGCUGAAAGAGAAACUCACGUGGCUUCUGAUUUUUGCGAGGGAACUCUUAGCAAACGCACGACACAUGAAGCUGAAAUCAAACGUUUGGUUUUAAGCUACGACAGAUUGAAGGAUUGUGAUAUAAAGAGAUGCUUCUUGCAUUGUGCAUUAAUGAUUGAGAAGGAUCAUGAGAUUAAGGUUGAUGAUUUGAUAGAUAAAUUUAUUGAGGAAGACUUAAUUCAUGGAACUUCAUCCAAAGCACGCAAGAAGGGACAAGAUAUAAUUAAGAGUCUUAUUGACUCUUUACUAUUGGUCAGUAACGAUGGUGGGCUGUCUAUAAGUAUGCGUGGUGUGGUUAAAGAUCUGGGGUUAUGGAUAAUGACAUCAAAAGAAGAACCAUACCAAGGAAGUAUCACAAAAGAUGUUAUCUUGUCAGCAGCUGGUGCAGGACUAACUGAGCCACCGCCUAAGGAGUUAUGGGAAGGAAAGAAGAUGAUCUUCUUGAUGAAUAAUGACUUCUCCAGGCUACACGAGGAACCAGAUUGUCACGAUCUUUUGACGUUGCUCCUCCAAAAUAACACGAUUUUGAGAUCAAUAACUGACACAUUCUUCAGUCGUAUGGCUGUCCUCCGAGUUUUAAACCUAUCAAAAACAGGAAUUAGGUCUUUGCCACCUUCUCUAUGUGGACUUACUAAACUUCAUGAUCUUAUUUUACGCCACUGUAAUUGCUUAGAUGAGCUCCCACCCGAGAUUGGAAAUGUUGGAGCUCUUGAGGUCCUUGAUCUCAAAGGCACUGAGCUUUACCACCUUCCUGAUGAGGUUGGCAAACUGGGAUCUCUCAGGCACCUGCAGGUCUCCUUCUACGAAGCUAUUGACCCAAGGGAGUAUGCUAAUCUGCCGCGUUAUUUGGUUUCCCGUGAAACUAUAUCAAAGCUCCUCAAACUGCAAGAACUACACAUUGUUGUUCAUCGAGGGGAUCAGCGGUGGAAUAUGAGUGCAGAUCAUAUAGCAUUUGAUGUGGGCAGCUUGAAUGAAUUGACCAGUCUUCAGCUCUACUUUCCAAAUGUAUUUCACUCGGAACCCUCCUCAGACAAAGAUGUUCUCAACAAAUUUAUCGAAAAAAGUCAGCCAUGGAUAAAUAAAUCCUUGAGCAAGUUCAAGUUUAUUGUUGGCCAGAACAUCAAACGCAUCAGUUCCCGAGUCCCUGAUGAUAUAGAGUUCGAUUUUGAUCAACACGAUCGAUGCUUGAGAUUUGUGAACAGUGAGGACAAACGUAAAGCAGUUUUGGAAGUACUUGGGCGUGCCACGGCAUUUUAUCUAGAUCACCAUCGCACGAUCCGAAGUCUAUCAGAAUUUGGGAUUACUAAUAUGGAGGAGUUGAAAUUUUGUAUACUGAGCGAGUGUCCCAAUAUUCUUGCUGUAAUAGACUGUGAGGAAAAUAGUGAAAGUGCAUUACAAAACCUUGAACACUUGAGCAUUCAUUAUUUGUGGAAUUUGAAGAGCAUUUCCAAGCGUGCACUGCCCCCUGGAUAUUUCAAUGGGUUGAAAUUUUUGUCAGUGCACUCUUGUCCUAAGCUGGAGUUCAUUCUUGAGAAGUCCAUGCUUCCAUGCCUUUCUAACUUGGAGGAGUUGGUGGUCGAAGAUUGUGCAUCACUGCGGAAGAUAAUAGAAGCGGAGGAGAAAACGGAAAAUGAUGAUUUUGUCAUACUUCCUAGUUUGAGAGACUUAUCACUUCUUUAUUUGCCUCAAUUAGUUAGCAUCUGGAAUGGAAUUCGCUUGUUAUCGAAGAACAAGCCCACGAUUCAUCACUGUCCGAAUUUGAAGAAUGCUCUCGGUUAGCAAUGGAGGAGAUAGAAGUAUAGAGAUCUGCACAUGAUUCUUCUAAUCAUAGAGAUCUACGCAUUGUGAUGAUCCCAGGGGAGGGUGAAACAUUGCCAUUCAGAAUUUACUCGUUUUCCCAAUAAACUUCAAUGUAAGUUAUAAGAAUAUUGUUGUGCUGUCUAUCUUUUUCAAAUUGUAAUUUUCCUUGAAUGUAAAUAAAUUACCCUGAAAGAAACCUUCAAAGUUAAUUUCUUUCAAUUGAUUAGGAAAUAUGAUUGGAAAGGCACGCA